CAAAUAAUAGCGAGCGACAAGCGGGGGGGCCGUGGGCCAGACGCAUUGGUGAGAGUGCCAGACGUGCAAGGUGUGUGCAGGUGUGCCCAAGUCAGGUGUAAAUCAGAAGGCGAGGCAGGGUUCCCAAUGGCAGACGGCGGAUCUCUCCAUCAAAAGCAGUUUGAGGCGGCUGUUAAGCUUAUUCAGAGCCUGCCCAACAACGGCUCAGUCCAGCCGUCCAAUGAGGUCAUGCUGAGACUGUAUGGAUUCUUUAAGCAAGCCACACGGGGGCCAUGCAACAUCUCACGGCCUUCUUUCUGGGACCCACUUGGACGCCAGAAGUGGGAUGCCUGGAAUGCACUGAGUCAGAUGUCAAAGGAAGAGGCCAUGGUUGAGUACGUGAAUGAAAUAAAGCAGAUAUUGGAAAUGUUGCCCAUUACAGACAGAGUGGAAGAAUUUCUUCUUGCGCUUGGUCCUUUUUACGAGAUUGUAGACAAUAGCCUGAACAUAUCUACAAAACAAAACUUGAACCUACCAAACAUAUCGGACUACCCCAAAUACCUGAGCUUGGAACCAAAUGACUGGCAUAAGUCUUCUCCCAUGCAGAAUGGCAAAGACCCACAGCAGAGCCUUGAUUCAAAAUGUCAUGACAUAAAUUUAAAUGGAAAAUAUGACACUGAAGAUUAUCUUGAUGAUGAAAGAAACAAAAAAAAGCGAAUGAACGAACAUGCAGCUGACGAGCCUGUUUCAGGUGAACAUAAUGGAUUCUCCUUAACUGCUACGACGGGCACUGCUUUAAAAUCCCUCCAAAAAGAUGAAACCAAUAAACCAAAGAUCAACUGUUUGCACCAGGAUGAACAUUUACAGCAUGAGAAGUCCUUUUCCCCUGAGAGGAGUUUGCUCAAUCUUCCAACCUCUGGAUGCACCCAACUCCAAGGUGUCAACUUUGUGGCAGAUACAGCAGCCAAAGGCAGCAACCCAGAUGAAAGCAAGAUAAACUCCUUUACAGUGGAACGGGAGCCUUUGCUUAUGCUGAGACACGUUGAAGGAGAAGAAGGCAGUGCAUCGGAUGAAAUCACAAUCUCUCUGAGUGGCAGACUAAAACGGUCUGCAAUAAAUGGAGGUGUAAUUUUGCCACAUUUAACAGGCGAUUCGGACAGCGACCAUUACUGUGACUCCAUGGAACACCUCAAUGUUGAAGAAGCCACAAAGGGGAUGGAACAUAGCAGGGCCCAACUUAACUGCCCUAUCACUGACGAAACUAAAUUCAAGACAAUUCGUGGCCAGCAGAUGCUUCUCAAUGGCUCGUUUAGGCCAUCUCAUUUUGAAAUAAAAAAUAAAAUGAUCCAUAGUGGAGAAGGAAUGUCACAAGAAAAGAAUGCUAUCCAUUACAGUGAAGGGACAAUUUGUACCUCACAAUGUACUAUUCAACUUCAUGGUAAGGAAAGCCUAAAUGAAGACACUGAAAAAUUCGAGAAUCAAGCAGAAAAAGGCCAAGGACUCGCCAUGCUGGUCGAUGGAAGCAUGGAGGAGCCCAGAGCUGGCACUAGCGGCAGCAACAAUGGAUUUGACCAGUCGAGACAACGGACGUUCAAUACCAGCAAACAAAUCACUAUCACCCUCCAGCGGCUGCAGGAGGACAUGGAGAGGGUUCUGCACCAGCUUGGAAGUUUGGAGGCACUUGUCUCCUCUCAGGCUAUGUCGGCUCUAUCUCCAACGAGGGUUGAAGGACAUGUGCCGGUAAGAUUGCGUGCUGCAGGAAAACGCCCCGGUCUGUCACGCCUAAUGCUGCUAUUUCUUCUGGCGUGGCCAUUCUUCGCCCAGUGGAUUGUCCGUAUCAUUCUCAAAAGGCGUAGAAAAACUGCUUAGCAAAGGUUGCUUAAUAUUUUCACAAUCAAUGAUUCGUCCAGGAAUGAUGAAAUUGUAGUUUUGGAAAACUGAUGAAUGUAAAAACUACUUAUACAAUCAAAAUAAGUAAUCCCGUUUAGCAUGCCGAUUGUAUGACUUAUAUGCAAGCUGUUAAACAUGCCUUAUGCUCUUUUGGGAUUGCCAGCUCCGUUCUACCUUUCUUUGUAUCGCAUUAAACAGUUUAAUUGCAUGGUUGCACUAGCACCAAUACAGGAACCUUUCGAGAUAAGUACCAUUGUAUUAGGUUCCACACCUUAGUUUUAAUGAAGUUGUCGAUCAGUGGCUUUAAGAAUGUAUCAUUCAUAGAUAUGUCCACCGUUGGUAUCAGGAAAUAUUGGCUCCUCGCUGAAAAUAAUUCAUGUUUACAGAUAUAAGCCCCGUAAUUCUUGAAAAUCGUUAGAGUAUAAAUUAUGUUCAUGCAGUAGAUGACAGAUACAUAUUAAAGGUAAAUAACUACUGCUUGAGUUUUAUUUUAGAAUGUGAUGGUUAAUGUAAAAAGUAUGACGUACUGAUUGCAGUAAAUACUAAAUGGUACGAUAAAUGUUCAACUUUGCACUAAUUUUUAAAUAUCAUCGUGAUGCUAAUGCAUGACUUAAAUCAGUUAAAGUAUUAAGCAACAGACAAAUGUUGUGACAACACAUGAAUGUGGAGAUGAAUAAUUUAUAUUUUUAGUCAUGAGCACUUUCAGUUAAAAUUUUGUAAAAUAAUGUAAUGUAUAUCAAAAUCUCAAUUUUGUUGAAUAAAAUAUUGAAUGCGCAUGACA